GGAGCGUCGGGUAAAGCUGUGCGGUGAAUGAGACGGGAGACUGACAGAGGGCAGAGGGGUGGAUGAUGAUGACGAUGAUGAUGAAGAUGAAGGAGGAGAAUGAUCAAGCCAACGAAGCAUCGCCGUCGUAGUUUCUCGUCACCCGCAUGCCUGUUUUGGAGAAAUACCGAGGAAAAAAAUAACACGUAAAUACUCCUCUGUACAGAUGCUGGAGCUCUCGCCAACGUAAGCCAUCGGGUGAAGCUGAGCUGCUUUCUAAUCUCAGAGGAGAACGAAACGUGAUGGUAAAACCCGGAGAGGGAACCAAAUUUCUUUUGUAUCAUCUCAAGGAGCAACGGAGAGAAUGGAGCGCCGUCUGAAAGGAAGAUGUUUGUCGCCUCCGAGCUGCAGUAAAUGCCUCACAUGCAGUGAAACUCAGUAAUAUUUCUCAGCGGGAGGCUUUUUUUUUUUUAAUUUAAUGGCACGUCGGACUUUGAAAAAUAAGCGACUAAAGCUGGGAUUUAUGAACAAUUUGUUAAACUAGGAAUGUGAAUAUUUCUCCUCUUUUUUUUCUUAUUCAUCCCACUUCUUGUGAGAUUUGACACCAGCUUCUUGUAUUUAUAAGCGAGCUAAAAUCUUAUUGGUCAAGGCUUGGUAAUGUUUCGAACACUUUUACCAGCAUUUACUGUCGAGCCUUUCAAUUCCCCCCCCCAACUUUUAACUUAAAAUAGCCUAAUUCUGCUCUAAACCAGGCUCCGUUUGCUGUCAGCCAGCCCCAUAAUCCUUUAAAGUCGAGCAGCUUGCUUAUUUGGCUAACGGUAGCAGCAACUAGCGUCUGUGCUGCUGUUGUGUUGUCGGUCAUCAUGCAUGCACCGACACGUUUCGCUCCGACGAGACCAGCCGAAAGGAUGUGCCCAAGGGCAUAACAGCACAGCCAGCCAUGUCUGACUGAGAGCAGCCGAACGGCUCCGCAGAGCGGUCCAGAACCCCACAGCGAACAGAGCAGAGCGGCUUUAUUCAGAGGGGGAAGACAGCGGAUCAACACCAGCAGCAACUAGCCCGUUCCCCCCCUCAGCAGGAGUCCAUCGACUGGAUCAUUUUCGACCCAACUUGGCACUCAAACCAAGCAGAAAUGGGUGAGCAGCCCAUCUUCAGUACGCGGGCCCACGUCUUCCAGAUCGACCCGAGCACCAAGAAGAACUGGGUUCCUACCAGUAAGCACGCCGUCACGGUCUCCUACUUCUUCGACAGUACCAGGAAUGUGUAUCGGAUCAUCAGUCUGGACGGCUCCAAGGCUAUCAUCAACAGCACCAUCACCCCCAACAUGACCUUCACCAAGACGUCGCAGAAGUUCGGCCAGUGGGCCGACAGCCGGGCCAACACCGUCUACGGCCUCGGCUUCUCGUCCGAGAGUCACUUGAGCAAGUUUGCAGAAAAGUUUGCCGAGUUCAAGGAAGCGGCCCGGUUAGCGAAGGAGAAGUCCCAGGAGAAGACGGAGCUCAGCAGUACGCCCUCGCAGGGUGGCGCUGUAAAGCGGAAUGUGUUAUCUGUCAACAAGCCUGGUAAAAAGAAGGAAUCUGCGCCAGGUGACCUCCAGUCACCUCUGACCCCAGAGAGCAUCAACGGUACAGAUGAGGACAGAGUCACACCGAACACGCCGAAGCACAGCGAAGCCAGAGCAGAACCUCCCCAAAACGCUUUACCGUUCUCUCACAGUUCCUCCAGCAUCAACAAGCACUGGGAGGCCGAGCUGGCGGCGCUGAAGGGGAACAACGCCAAGCUGACGGCGGCGCUGCUCGAGUCCACGGCCAACGUCAAGCAGUGGAAGCAGCAGCUGGGGGCCUAUCAGGAGGAGGCGGAGCGGCUGCACAAACGGGUGACGGAGCUGGAGUGCGUGAGCGGCCAAACGAUGGUCAUCAAGUCUCAGAAAACGGAGCUGAACAGAACAAUAGAGGAGCUGGAGGCGGCGCUGAGGGCCAAGGAGGAGGAGCUGGAGAGACUUAAGGAGGAGGUGGAGAGUGCCAACGAGUUUAAGUUUCAAAAAGACACCCUGACACAGAAACUAAAGGAGACGGAGUCGAGGAACCAGACGCUGGAGGCGCAGCUGAGCGACCUGGAGCAGCGCCUGGAGAGCAGCCAGCUGGAGCGGGAGGCCUACAUGAAGAGCCUGCGCUCCCUGCUGGAGCUGCUGGACAGCAAGAUCUUCGAGCUGACGGAGCUGCGGGACACGCUGGCCAAGCUGGUGGAGGGCAGCUAGAGCUCCUCCUCCGCCCGACGUCGUCACCAACACAACUUGAAAUCUCUUCUCUCUCUCUUUCGUUUUUUUGUACAUGUUAAAGAGUUUACACGACUUGAUGCAUUAGCGGUACACAGACUUUG